CUUGUCAACGCCCAUGUCUACGCGGCUGACCUCUUGAACGAGUUGUAUCAGUCCUUCUCCGACACCAUGUCAACAUUCUGUUGUCGUGCCUGAGCCAGAAGUCGAACAAAUCGCCAUGCAUUUUGCCCUGCCACCUCGAAAAGCCUCGCACCCUCUUCCAUACGCUCGGAAACCUCCUUCCCCCCCGAAUGCUCAACGCAAUCGCAGGCAACUCCAGAUCUUAGGCUAUGUGACCCUCAGCGUUCUGACUUUUCUGCUCUUCCAGAAGUAUGGCUGGUCCGCGGGUCGGAAUGUCGAAGAUGGUCCGUCGGAAAUCGAGGGGCGUCAGGACAUUGUCAUUGUCACUGUCUUCAAUAAUGACACCAUGAGCGACGAAUACGUCCGCAUGAUCCGAUCAAACCGAGACCACUACGCUUCUCGUCAUGGCUAUCGGAAUUUCUACACCAACACUGCGUUUUAUGCAGACCUCAUCGAACCGUCACCGUCUUCGUGGUCACUCAUACCAGCUCUCAGACACGCUUUGACCGUUUACCCGCGCAGCACAUUCUUUUGGUCCUUGUCAGCGGAUGCCCUGAUCACUACACCAUCGCUGUCCUUGGAAGAGCACAUCUUACAACCUCUCGAGUCGUUGAUGCACAAGGAUGUCCCGGUGGUCCCCCCCGAUUCGGUCAUCCACACAUUUUCUCGAAUUAAGCCCUCUCGGACACGCCUGGUCAUCAGUCAGGAUGCGAACAACCUUGCCGACACCUCCUUCAUAGUUCGCAACACCCCUCCCUCUCCCACCUCCUCGGACAACUGGGCCCAGUAUUUCCUCGAUGCCUGGUUCGAUCCUCUGUACCGUGCGUAUGCAUUUCAAAAAGCCCAGACACAUGCGCUCGAACACUUGGUGCAAUGGCAUCCAACAAUCCUGGCCAAGCUGGUUCUGAUCGAUCAGCGCCGGAUGAACUCGUACAACUUUGCGUCGCCGCCCAGUCGAGAUCCCGUCACGCGCGUGGCUCGUUCCCACGACAGCAUGUGGCAAGAAGGUGAUCUCGUAGUCAACUUCAAGGGGUGUCGAGAUGACGAGAAGCGGAACUGCCAGGAAGAAUUGCGAGAGUACUUCUCCAAGUGGGAGAGGGACAUUGUGAAGCUCGACACCAGCCCCGUUGACCACGCGCAGACACCCAGGCCAGAGCGGGCAGUCGUCGAGGGCAAGACUUAGGUUGGCCAGAUGUGCAUUGAGCCCAUGUCGACACCAAAUGGCAAGACCUUGUCUCAGCAUCCAGCGGACUUUCUCAAUCACUUAAGGGUGCACCUCGAAGCUAGAUGUAUCAGAUGGCAAUGACAUGAAUCCCGUCACGAACGACAUGUCAAUGUUUGACUUGAACAACAUGGUUACAAGAUUUUAUUCAAGGUAUUUUGUGAAGGGCCAAAGGCAUUCAUUCGAUCAACGUCGACGCUAAUUGGGCCAGAUAUUAAGCGGCAUGGCGUUGCUGCAUAUGUGGACAACCACUAUCCACCCACGACAUUUUCCGCAUGCCUCAUCUGUAGCAUACGGCCUGCCACACCACUCUGACACGGACCUACUUGUCGCAUUGAUCGCGACCGGAUUUCUGAUACGAUGUCGCCAAGAAGCGCUGCGAAAGAGAUACCUGGGAAAGGGUGAUAGAGCGAGGUCACGAGAAAUCUCCUCGCUCGGCUCGGAGCUUGUCAUAUCUUAAAACGGCUCCCAGCAAAACCUGGGCUCCUAUAGCACUAGAAGGACGUGAGCGAGAUGAAGAUGCGUAGAUGGGAAUGAACUCACCAGUCCUCGGGACUACAAUACUCUUGAGGGUUGUGACUAAUACCGUCUUUUGUUUGGGUGAAUAUCAUACUUGUCGGACAGCGGCGAUUCGUAUAACAACUGUCGUGGCCAGCUCCGCUGAUCAUGUAUUUCCACAAUUGACCAUCGUCGGACGUCGAGGGCAGAGCUUGACAGACUUCCUUAGUACUAGCCUCGACAGCGGCAAUACAAUCAGCAUGGAAGUUGACGGCUGGACUGUCGACCAGUUCUUUCCAGGCCACUGUGCAGCCCUUUUCACAUUCCUUUUCCG